GCCGAGUUUGCGAAGAUCACGCACAUGGUCAACACGCAUGUGCACGUGGUGAUCCCGGCGAUGCCGCUGUCAAAGCAGGACAACCAGCAGCAACGGUCGCCAGCGUCGUCUGUCAAGGCUGUUGCAGCUGCUGGAGGCAACGACCAUGCCUCGAACAAUGAUUCGGCCGAGAACAACCCCAUCGAUCCCGCCAUCCACGGCGCGACAUACACAAUCGUGCAAGCCCGACAUGUCAAGCUCCACGAUAACAACAACACCAUCGAUGAUGACCCCAUUGGCGACUUGUCCAUGGCGUCAGCUGUGCCGGAAGUUCAACUUCCUGGCGAAGUUGUCCGAACCAUCUUGAGCUACCUUGACGGACCAAGUCUCGUCGCGUGCUCGGGUGUAUCAACAACAUGGCGCAUUCAAACGCACGAACGACAGCUCUGGAAGCAAGCGUGUUUGACCAAGUGGCCAAGUUUGCAGCACCAGCUCUUGCCUCAGCUUCCGGGAGCCCCCGACUACGACAUCAUUCGGCUGUACGGUGGAAGCUGGAAGUCGUGCUACAUGCAGGGCAACAAGAAAUGCCAAACGGCGGAAUGCAUGGUUCACGUGCCUCAGUUUGAAGCUCCGGGGAACCACGGUCCCGACCGCAUCGUGUCGGACACAUUUGCCAUCGACGAGCAUUCGUUUUGCUUGUGGAUCUUUCCUCGCGGCAACCCGAACGAAGUCGAAUACUACGACCGGUCGUUGUCGGUUUACCUCGUAGUCACCGAUUUGGACAAGCGGCCACUAGAUUGGCUGACGUGCGCCGUUUUCACAUUGAGUGUCGUGCAUCCGACAGACCCGUCCAAGACCAUCACGUGGCAUUCGUCGCUCCACGACAACAAGUUCAACCACGCGCUGUACAACUGGGGCGUCCACUCACUCGGCGACCUCUCGUCGUUCAAGCCGAAUGGGUUUGUCUUCCCGGACGGGUCUUUGCGCGUGUCGACUCGCGUCCGCCUCAUGUCGAUCUCAGUGCGAGUCCAUGUCGAAGCAGGGUUUAUGGCCCACGAAGGGCUCGGUCUUGGCCCGCACGUAUGCACGAUCGACCUGCCAUUCUGCAGCACGCUGGCGGACUUGUUGGCAGCGCUCGCGUCACGAUUUCCAGCCACGGACGUGAGUCAAUGUCGUCUGUGGAGCUUUAGCCACAGUGCUCUGACCGGCCAGGCGAAACGACCACGCAAAUGCCUCUCGGCUCUAACCACGUCGACCCCUCUCUUUGGCAACUUGCUCUGCGACGGCACCGACAUCGAUGCGUACUCGUGCUGUGAUCUAUUUCUCGACCCAGCGAGUCUCGACUCGUUUGUGUUCGUCAAGGUACUCGAUCUGCACACGGGCGUCCUGCGCUACGUCGGCCGCCUGUGUUUGUCGGCGUUUCCGACGGCGCAAGCGAUCGUGGCCUACUUGGCAGUGGCGUUUCCGCAUGUGGCGCACUGGAUGUCGGUGCGGGAGGAAUGCGCUCCGCAGCUCGCGAGCAUGUUGUCCCCCGUCGAUCGAUUGCUGCCGUCGGACGUUGUGAUCUUUGCCGAAUGCACUCCAACUCGCGCAGGCGCGUCCCCCACCUCGGACACCAACACGGACCGAUGGAUGAUGCGAGUUCGCCGCUGCUUGGACCAGUACCUCGACCGGCACUACAAACACGCGAAAGCCCUGAUCGCCAACCGUCUCCACCACAUAACCCUCCACGACAUCGAAUGCAUCGGGGACUUGCUCGACCUGCCACGGUUCCGCAUCCACAGCGUUUUUGCCAAGUGCCACGAAAACGCGCGGCGCACGCUGCAGUACAUCAUGGAAGGGCGGCACCUCGGAUUCAUUUGCGACUCUUGCGGGGAGACUGACUUUGUCGGCGCUCGGUACAACUGCACCGUGUGCAGCGACUACGACCUGUGCCACCCCUGCUUUGAGCGAUCGCACCAAGUGCGCCAUCGAUAUGCCAACGUCGAUGGCAAGUGGAGGCGCGUGCCCAACUUCGACGACCACAACCCGGCCACGCACCCCAUGCACUGCAUCUACCCCGUGUUUAGUUGACGGCAGAGCCCCACGAAGGGAGGCAAGUCAGGCUGUACUCUACCAUAAGGAACUCCAUGCAGGUCCCAUGACCGUGCCGUCUUCGUCCG